GGUGGUGUCUCCACAAACUCCCAAAUCCUGGGAUUUUAUGGCCUUGAGUCUUGAUGGUUAAAGUGCUGUGGAACUGCCUUCAUCUACAGCAGUGGUUCCCAACCUAUUCUUGAUCAGGGCCCACUUUGACCAGGGAGCACUCUCCAACAUUAAGUCCCCCUGGGGGAGAAGAGUGGUAUAUUAAUUAAAUAAUUAAUUAAAUAACAUUAAUAUCGAAAGGGUUACAUACCACUUUUUGGUCAACUUUAGAUUAGGUUUGGUUAAUUGGGGUGCUGAUUCAGAAAAUUGCAUUGGAUAGACCACAGCAGCUCUAGUUUCUGAUACAGAACAUAUGCCAUCCAGUAGUCACCAUCUGCUUGCCCACAUUUAAUAAUCUAGAGCUGAUGUGGUCUACACAAUGCAAUUUUCUGAAUUGGUACCCCAAAUAAUCCCAGGAACAGGCCUAAAAACAACACCAAGGUGCCCUGCUUCCAGGUGCCACAUAGAACGGCUCCACUCUGGGGGAGGAAGGAGGAGGAGAAGCAGCAGUCAGGAGGCUUGUUGUCGCACCUUAGUUGGUAGUCAGACUCUCCCCUCACAACAUCCCCAUUGCCUCGGCACUAUAAGAUGGUUUUACAAGACCAGUUGCUCUCGUUGCAACAGUGUAACAGUGAGGCCGCGAACCAUAUUUUAGUUCUUGGGGACCACUGGUGGUCCACAGACCACAGGUUGGGAACCACUUGUGUAGAGGGACCUUUGAGGGUGGGUCUCUCUGCCUCCUUCCCUUGUGCCCCCUACCCUUCCCUGUGUCUACCCCCAAAGGCUCCUGGCUUGCUUUGCUCCAUGUUAGAGCACACAGCAAUUUGGAGAUGGCUGUCCCUGAGUGUCUUGGUGAAGAUGGAGGGAGAGGCUCUCAAAAUGGGAAGUUGGCCAUAAUGAGUGAAAUGGAAAGCGAACGAAUAAAGAUAAAAUGGAAAAAGAAGAUUACUAAUUAAGCCAUUUGUUGUGCAUUUGUCCCUUUCGUCUCAUUCUUCUGGAUCUGUAUUGUAGCGUAGCCCCAGAGAAGGAAUAAGGGGGAAAGAGAGCCGGUGUGCAGCAGUGAUUUUAGCCUUGGGUGAAGACUUGGAGUCCAGGGUUCGAAUAUCUGCUUGGCUUUGAAAACCCACUGAGUGACCUGGAGUAAUUCACACUCUCUCAGAAGAAGGCAAAGGCGCCCCCCUCCUAUGAACAAGUCAUGUCCCCAAAGUCUGUGAUAGGUUCACUUUAGGGUUGGUAUACUUCAGAAAUGACUAAAGACACAAAGCAGAGGCACAAUGAUCAAAUUGAGGGAUACAAGAGUGUGGGCAUGAGGAGUUGAAGGGAUGGGAGAGAGAAACAUUGUCUGGAGAACAAAAUAAAUUCAAAAAUUCAAAAUUCAGUUUUAAAGGUUUCUUUGAGAUUUGAAAGUAAGAAGGAGAGAGGGUUUUUUUUCACCUAAUAAAAAUGAUCAGGGUAUAAUACUGUUGUGAUGUUGAAAACCCUUAGAGUCUGGUACAGGAAUAAUUUGAGUGUGCUACUCGCAAUUAAUUCCUUGGACAUCCAUCACUGCUAGCUUAGAUGGAAAGCAAAUUGAGGGAGUCCAAUUGUGACAUGGAAGUUCAGAAGCUGGGCGGGCAACAGGGGAAUUUUUGGAGCUAAUGUCUCAUCCUCACAAGAGCCUAACACUCAUUUUAGUCUAGUGCAAGGAUUAGGUUGGGGUGAAGCACGUAGAAGUUGUGAGGAGUGAAGCUUUGUUUCUGUAUAGAGAAAAAAAUGAGAUAGUACUAGUGUUAUAAAAUGUAGGGGCAGUAUAGUUAUUCUUUUGAGAGUUUAGCAUUAAUUUCUUAGUUGUACAAAAAUACUCACCCCAGUUCUUACUUGUUAUCUUCAAUGUGUUUAGCAAUCAAGGUUGGCAGUAUAAUUUUGUACAAUAUAUUGUACAAAUAUUUUAACAUAAUAAUUUUGACAUGAGGCUUUAACAGCCAUUCUUAAGGUUUAUUCCCAAUACAAUUGUUGCAUCCUCUCAUGAACAUGAAUAUAGUAUAAAUGGAUAGCUGCAACUUAAGGAGGCAUAAAAAGAAUUUCUUAAGAUCUGAUUAAUCUUAGAGUUAUAAAAGAAUAUCCACAUGCCCUACAUUGAAACCCCUAUGUUGUUUCUAGGGAGGUUCAUAUUACUAAGGUGCACAAAGCUCAGGAAGUUUCUACAUUUAAAACUUGUCUCUAACAACCAUGCCCUUCAAAGCAAAAGAGAUAUAGUGUCCCAUCAUGUUAAUGAUGUUUUGAUGUGUAUAUGUGAAAGUUAAGUGCCCAGGGCAGAAUGAAACUACUUGAGUUCUCUGUGCAGUAUCAUAUUUUGCCCUUACAUUUCUAAUCCAUUAUGUAUGGGUUCUUUUUUUUUUUAAGAACAGUAAUGCAAAGCAUUAAACUGAGUGAGCAAUGUUUAGUCCACCAGAUGAUAAACUGCAGUUCCCAUCAGCCCUAUAGUAUAGCAUAAUAGAAGUUGCAGCCCAUCAAUUGGAGACCAUAUUCUUCCCAUCCCAAUUUACCCCCAAUGUGAUGUAUGUGUGUACAUGACAUUUUGAACUCCUGUUUCUCCAUCUCCUUUAGUGUGUACCUUUUUCUCCAAAUAUUCUAAGUUUUAAAAAUAUUUUUCUUUUGCUUGAACCAUAGUCAGAUUACUGGGUUUUCCUUUCAACUAUCAAUAUAAAUAGCAAGAAAUACCCUGUGGCCAAGGUGUAAUUCAGCUUCUGGAUACAAUUCUAUCUUUUAUUCUUGCUUCUCCCUCCCUCCCUCUCUCUGUGGAAACUCUGGCUCCAUCUUGUGGAUGUUUUGUUUUCCAACUGGAAUCACAGUAAUAGAGAUCUCUCUUACCCCCAUAGGUUCCUGUGAAGUAAAAGUGUGAUAUACUGAGUUGCCUAUGUACUGGAGAUUUCUAAGGAGUAGUGUUUUCAUGUAGUCAGAAUUAAUGAGUGGUUAAGUUGCCUGAUACGUCUUGUAUAAUGCUGUGUGCUAUUCAGACUGUAGAGUCAAAACCCCAUGGCCCUGGAGUUAGCUUUCUAAAGCUUAAUGAAAACUACAUGUUGACAAACAGUAAAGGCAAUAAACCAAUCCUACAUGGGGGUGCUGAGGAUAUUCUACCAUACCUGGGCAAUGAUCUCUACCUGCUGAUGGCAGGGAAGCAACAUGGUAUUCCUCUUCUUUUUACAGAACAUGCCAAAUCACAUAAGUUGGAGAGACAGAAUGGGAGGCCUAUUUGAUGGUGUUGGACUGCCCUCCCAUCUAUCCUCAACAUUGCCUCUACUGUGACUCUACAAAGUCUACAGAUUGCUAUCUUUGGAGAUAAUCAGUUGGGAUCCUUACAAAUAAUUAGUGCACAGGUAUUUUCAUCUGUUGGCCAAGCGUGCUUGAAGCAGUUGGCUGAAAUCAAGAUAUCCUGACUCCAAAAGGAAGAGAAGCAUCUGCCAAAGAUACAGAACUAAACAGAGGAGAUGUCCGCGAUCAGCGCUUUACCAUUUCUGAAGCCCCUCCACUUCAGACCUCCACGGAGCUCUCCUGGGCGCCAGCGCCGGCACACCCUUCCUGCGAGCGAGUUCCGGUGCCUCACUCCUGAGGAUGCCAUCAGUGUCUUCGAAAUUGAGAGAGAAGCAUUUAUUUCAGUGUCUGGAGACUGUCCUCUCCAUUUGGAUGAGAUCCGACACUUUCUGAACCUGUGUCCUGAAUUGUCGCUUGGCUGGUUUGAAGAAGGCCGACUAGUUGCCUUCAUUAUAGGCUCCCUCUGGGACCAGGAGAGAUUGAGCCAGGAUGCUCUGACUCUGCACAAACCCCAUGGUACCAAAGUCCAUAUCCACGUCCUGGCAGUACAUCGCACCUUCCGCCAGCAAGGCAAAGGCUUUAUUCUGAUGUGGCGCUACUUACAGUAUUUGUGCUGCCUACCUUAUGUGCGCCAUGCUACGCUAAUGUGUGAAGAUUUCCUUGUUCCUUUUUACUCCAAGUGUGGCUUCAAAGCAUUAGGCCCCUGCGAGGUCACCGUGGGAUCACUGAAUUUCAUUGAAAUGAACUAUGCUGUUCGUGGUCAUGCCUUCAUGCGCAGGAACAGUGGUUGCUGAGGUUAUGCCUCCCCUUCACAUUCGUUUCCAGCUGCUCAUCAUGUUUGCUGGCAAGACCUGCUCUCAGUGAUUCCCAACCUUUCUGAUGGGACCUAGAAAUGGAUCAGAGGCUUGUGGGUAGGAUGCCAAGUUGUUUGUGUGGUGGCGAUAGGGGCUAUCUGCGGUGAAGUGCGUGUGCACAAAGACAAAAGAGGUGGAAUGGAUGGGUCUGCUUUUAAGAAGUUUGGGAACCACUUGUGUUGUAGAUCCACAACUUGAUUUAAUUUCAUCAUGCUAAGACAAAACUCCCAAGAGCCAACAGUUCCUUUAAAAAGAAACCAUACAGCUGCCUUUAAAAGCAGAAGCUAAACUUUGGCCUAUUUUUCCUCACUUCCUUUGUCCCCACCCUAUAUAUAUGGAUGGGGAAAUGAAAAGUCCCCAGUCAGCCUCCCGGUUUCUCAUUUUCAUUUGUAAGGACUGUAAGAAUAUGGCAGGCUGGCAAAGAUAAAUCCACCAAAUUUACCUUCCAUAAAUGAGUAACAUUUAAAGUGAUCUACUCCAGAUAGUACAAGUUGGAUUUUUCUGGCCAGAACUAUCAAAGUUAUGAUACAUAUUAGUAACUGUUGCUUGCAAUGGAACUCUGUUGGAAAACAGACACUGCUGCUAUCAAACUAAUAUAGUUGUAUAAAUAUGGGAUUAAUUUCAGAAAUCAAGCUUUUUAUUCUUCAGGUUUGGCUGAAUGCUUACCUUCUUGCCCCUAGACCUCUUGGGAUUAAUAGAGAAAUAAGGAAAAUAUUGCCUGAAAAAUAGAAUGUAAUUAUUUCAGGGUAUUGAUACUUGUCUUGGGAAAGAACUAUGUUCUGAUUAAAUUACUCUGCAGAGAAAUAUUCUCCAUGCUUUUUCAUACUUGUGACUUUCUUGUUCUGAAAUGCAUGGAAUCUGUGUUUGAAUUUCCUGUACAGUGUAAUGUGGUACUCUGUAAAUAUAUGUUGCUCAAGACACAAGUAGCUUUUUUCCUCAGGCAAUGUCUAUGCUAGAGAGGUGAAGGUCAAGUUCCUGCUUACAAGAGUGUGCUUCAUUUCCAGAUUUCCCCACUAAACAAGAGAAACCACAGAAUUUUACAGGCCUCUUUCUGCUGCCUGCAUGCAGCAGGUAACACUAGUAUUCUGGAGAGUUGCAUCUUCUCUAUUCAUGACCUAGACUAAUGGGCCUUACUACUCAAGAGUGGCCUGGCUGAUAGCCUGAUCUGCUUCUUGUCCACCUCAUCCUUUUGAUGAUGGGAAGCCAGUAGGGAUUUCACCGAUUUUCCUGUUCUUUAAAAGUGAGAUCCAACCUACUCAGAUAUGAAUUUGAAGGACAGGGCGCUUCACUUUAUGCAGUGGGCUCCGCAGCAAAGCCUCUCUCAUCUGCUGCAACCACAGUGAAACAAACUUCUUAAACAUCAUAAACUCAUAUAGAAUCAGCAGCUGUGUUUGUUGUAAUCUGUAGUUAAAACAACACUGCAUAUUUUAAAAGAUUAUUUCUACUCUAGCUAUGACCUGAUGGGGGCAUGGACAUUCUCUAUUUGAUUUACUUGCUACAGCCCAAUGAGUUCUGAGGAAGAAGACAUGCAUGAUAGUUGGCUGAUAAAUGUCUCCUUUAUGCUCAGAGCAAGUGCCUCUUUCUUUUAAUUACUCUGGGCUUGGGAAAGGUUCUUACUCACCAGAAGGAUUACUAAUAAAAUAAGUGCACUCAUAUUCCCAAGGUUUACCUAAUGGGUUAAACAAAUGAAUUCAUGUUGGCUUGAUGUUGCAGGUCAUCUGAACCUCUUCUAUAGAGUAAAAUACUCCUUAGCCCUUGCUACUGAAAAUCUCUAAUUCUUCACUGUUCUGCAUGCCAUUUUCCACUUGUCAUGUCUUUUGUUGUCAGCAAAUAAAUGUGUUUUUUUCUUAA